UGCAGAGGAGAGCCCUGCAGCCACCCCAGCUCCGGCAUCGCUUGUGGUUCCCUCAGCCCCUGCAGCACCAUGAAGGUCCCUACAGCCGCCCUGGCUGCUCUGCUCCUCGUGGCCAUCUGCUCCCCAGCUGCGGCCCAUGUUGACAACGUCCCCAUGGCCUGCUGCUUCAGCUACAUGCACCGCCGCAUCCCACGCAGCUUUAUCACCUCUGCCUACAAAACCAGCAGCUGGUGCCCGCAGCCAGCAGUGAUCCUGGUAACCAGGACGGGGAAGAAGAUAUGCGCGGAUCCCCAGGAGCCCUGGGUGCAGGCGCAUCUGAAGCACUUCCAGAUGCUGGAGUACUGACCCUUCCCUGCUGCCACCCCAGUGCAGGGGGCUUGGCCCCUGGCACCAGACGCGCAACAGGGUGCUUCAGCUGCAUCCUUCUUCAAUGGGAAAAUUUAUUCUAAUUGACAUACAUUUGUUAAACUAAAUUUUGUUUGCUAAGAAAGUGAAAAUACAAAAACAAUUUAAAGGAUAUCAACAUGCCUGUUAAUGAGGAGUCAGGAUUUUUGA